ACUGAAAUGAUUACUUAACUCUUUCAGAUUGAGUAUUGACUGCAGAAAUCAAAAUAUAAAACUGAUCUUUUAGAUUCGAUUGUUUUCUGUGAUACUAGAAGUAAUUAUAAUUUUUAUUAUGAAUCCAAAAAUAAAUUCUAGGUAACUGUUCGUUAGGGGUCUCAUUAGUAAUAGGGACUUUACGCACGAAGUAAAUAAUAAAAAUAAAUAAAAAUAAAAUGAAGAUGAUGAUGAUGAAUUUCUCGAGCAGAUUUAGUAUAAAAAAUACGAAAUACUGGUGAGCUUCCAAAAGAAGAGAAUAAAAAAACAAUCCAUACAGAGAUAAAUAAAUAAAUUUAAAAGAAGAGAAAAAAAUUUCAGCAUAGAAAAAGUUUUUACAGAAGAAAUCGUCACGCAACCCUCGAGUGAAAUUCUUUAAAACUAUUUCCCUUCCUCAGUAUAUCAUCAUAGAAGCAUUUUUAUGAAGUUUUCCAUUAUGACCUUUUAUUUGUAAGUAGGAGAAUUUUUUUUACACAAUUUUCGUGUGGAUAAUUUGCAUUGAGGACUUGACGAGAGGGACGGCAGUGAAUAUACAUAUAUAUAGACAUUAUAUGGAGAUGACGAUUGUCCUUGGCAAUUUUGAAAUACUUGACGAAGGAAUAAAAAUCAGGAUGGGUGUGGAUAGCGUCUUUUGUUCGCGACUUGUUGAGUGGAGCAGUUUAUUUUUGUCGGUACGGUGAUCGACAGAAAUUGCUGUCCUAUAUUUUUCGAUCUCGAUUCUUAUAAUAUAUGAUUCGUCUUUCUUCAAGAGCAAAAGACAAAGUGUGGUCCUUGCGAAUGCGCAGAAUCGUCAACAACAUUUUCCUUCUUGUUUGGUUCCUAACUGCGGAUUGUCAAGCUCAUGGAAUCCAACGAGUCUCCGUCAAACCCUCUGCGUGUCCGCUUCUUCAUUUAAAAAGUUCCUAUUCCACAAAUCCCACCGCAACAGAAAAUUUAUCAACAAAACCCCAACAAAAAAUAGUGAAUUCUAUAGGAAAUAAAGAAAUUUUCGAAUUAGCAAAUUUUUUCGUGCAUUGCUAAUUUUGUAAAUAUGCGAAGAGCGUGAAAAAAAAAUAAAUGUUUAAAUGCUGUGUAAAGGUGAAAUUGCAGUUUACUUAAAAGUUUCAUGACAUUAUUGUAAUUUUUGGACAAAAUACUACAAAAUCGGUGUGUUUUGAAAAAGAAGAGAACAUAUUUUUUUGGCAAAAUAAAAACAAUUUUAAUUUGGAAAAAUGAAAAAUUCACCGAAUACAGGAAUGGAAGUUGAAGAAUUUCGUACGCGUGGAAAGCAAAUGGUGGAGUAUAUCUGUGAGUUUAUGAGUAAUAUACAUAAUCGAAGAGUUACUCCGGACGUUGGACCAGGAUAUCUUCGACCUCUUCUACCAUCUGAACCACCCCACGAGCCAGAAUCUUGGGAUGCCAUUAUGAACGAUGUAGAGACGAAAAUUAUGCCUGGGAUUACGCACUGGCAGCAUCCAAGAUUUCACGCGUAUUUUCCUGCUGGAAAUUCCUUUCCUUCCAUUCUUGGUGACAUGUUAUCAGAUGCAAUUGGAUGUAUCGGAUUUUCAUGGGCUGCCAGUCCAGCUUGCACAGAAUUGGAGACGAUAGUUUGUGAUUGGUUCGGAAAAGCUAUUGGCCUACCAAAUGACUUCCUGUAUUUUAGUGAAGGAAGUAGAGGCGGUGGAGUAAUUCAGGGCUCAGCUUCAGAAUGUAUAUUAGUUUGUAUGUUGGCUGCAAGAGCACAGGCAAUUGCUAGGCUCAAGGAAUCCCCGGCUCAUUCACAUUUAGACGAAACUGCUCUACUUGGAAAGUUAAUGGCCUACUGUAGUCGUGAGAGUCAUAGUUGUGUUGAAAAAGACGCAAUGAUAUGCUUCGUAAAAUUAAGAAUUUUGGAACCCGAUGAAAAAAGUGUACUAAGGGGUGAAACUUUACGACAGGCAAUUGAAGCUGAUGUCGCUGAGGGAUAUGUGCCAUUUUUUGUUUCCUCAACUCUUGGCACAACGGCAUGUGUUUCAUUUGACAAUUUGAAAGAAAUUGGACCUGUUUGCAAAAAAUAUCCCGGAAUUUGGUUGCAUGUUGAUGCGGCCUAUGCUGGAAAUGCGUUUAUUUGUCCUGAAUUAAAAUACUUAAUGGAAGGUAUUGAGUACGCAGAUUCAGUUAACACUAAUCCUAAUAAGUUCCUGCUAACUAAUUUCGAUUGCUCUUGUCUCUGGGUUCGAGACAGGUUUAAACUAACAAGCGCUCUAGUUGUAGAUCCUCUUUACCUUCAACAUACUCACGCUGACACAGCAAUUGAUUAUAGACAUUGGAGCAUACCACUAAGUAGGCGAUUUCGAUCCUUAAAAUUAUGGUUUGUCAUUAGAAGCUAUGGAAUUUCUGGUUUACAAGCAUAUAUUCGAAAUCAUGUUCAGCUUGCGAAGCGUUUCGAGUCACACGUUAAAAAAGACUCGAGGUUUGAAGUAUGCAACGAAGUUGUGUUAGGAUUAGUGUGCUUUCGAGCUAAGGGAUCUGAUAAACUAAAUCAAAAAUUAUUGAGUGCAAUUAAUGAUUCUGGAAAAAUACAUAUGAUACCAGCAAAAGUUAAUCAACGAUACACGAUACGAUUUGCUUUAGCUGCUCCAAAUGCUACAAACGAGGAUGUUGAUAUUGCGUGGGGCGUAAUCACGGACUACCUAUCAGAACUUCUAGAAUCUAAGGACGUAAUGGAUGAACUAGCUGACAUAAGAGAAAAGAAGAGGAAAGCUACUUUGGAACAGAGAAGAGCCUUCUUUGUACGAAUGGUUUCUGAUCCAGCAAUUCAGCCUGGAUUUACUAAAACACCAAAUAGAACGCCUAAACUUGACACACAGGCUACAAUUGGUGGAAUAGGGUCUAAUCAAACCCCCACGUAUGUAAAUCGUACUAUGUCCAGCAUGCACGAUACACUGCCUACAACGUAUUGCAUUUCGUGCGCAAAACGUUCGUGGAUAUCCUGGCCACUAGCCUAUUUAAUGCAAGCAAAGGAUGCUGCCGAUACCAGUGAACUAUCUCUCAGGUGGGGGAUUUUCGAAAAGUUUCGCCAUUUGGAUACAAUGGUAAGAUUAAAAACAGGAGGAGCCGGAAGUCGUCGAGGAAGUAGUAACGGUGGCAGUCCUGAACCAUCUCCGUCCGUUUCACCUUCUCGAGGAAGAUCACCAAACGGUCGAGCGUAAUUAAAUCCAAAAAAGUUUGGCUCAAUCUCACACGAAACUCAAAUAAGAAAUAAUUAAAUUUAACAUCGAGAUUAUUAUAAAGAGAAUGAAAUGGCAAAAUAUGAAAGAUUUUUUCUUCAAAUUUACAUCUAAUGGAUUCCCAUCUUGCGACGCUCAAUUCGCAACACCAAUAAAAAUCAAGUAUUUAAUUAUAUAAAGACUUCAUGAAUUUAAAAAAAACAAAGCUUUCGACAAAAUUAUUUACAAAGAAUACACAUUAAUCGCGUAUCUUUAAUAUAAAAAAUUUUAAAAUUUAAAUAAUUUUCAAACACCUUGAAUGUACUUCUAGAGGUCUUAGAUAAAAAUGUUGAAGUUCUUAUAUAGGCGUAUCGAAAAAUUUGAAUAAAAAUUAGAUGUCAGAUUACAUUUCAUUUUACUGAUAGAGAAUAAAACUGCUUCGUGUACAUAAAAAUAAAUUAUAGUUUAUUUAGAUUCCUUAGAACAAUUAUAGAAAUUAAAAAAAAAAAUUAUUUGCAUCUAUUAAAAUUAUUGAUUGUUUCAAUAUUAUUUUUAGAAUUUCACUUUUAUUUUUGAAGCUAGUGUAUCCAAACUAAUAGUUCUUUCUCAUGAUUAUUUAAAACAUAAUUUUAAUAUUUAGCAAUUUUAUAUCAUUUUAUGGAUAAAAGUGAAAUUUUUUUUGUGAAUAAAAACUUGAACAAAACUGUGAUUAUGGCUAAUAAUCUUAUUUUUUCUGUAUUUAUAAAAUUCUUUUAUUGCACGUGGAAAGUUAUUAUGAUAAAAAGUGUAGCGAAAUUACUGAUUAGACAUGCUCGAGUUAUUAAAAAUGCUUUAAAUUUGCUUGCGCUUCUGGACUACUAUUAGACUCACUUGAAUGUUAAUAAUAAUUAAUUUAAACAUUUUACUUUCUAUACAAAACUUUUCUGUUUUGUUUUAUAAACGGUUCAAGAUAAUAAGUUUAUUAAUCAACUUUCAAAAAUAAAUCGAUAUCUACGGUUCAUAUAAUGCUUAUUAAUUGAAUCAACUGAGAAAAAUAUUAUUCCUAUCAAAAUUUUAAUACAAGAUAAUUCUUUUUGUACAUCACGUGCAAGACAAUGCCAACUGAAACUAGCGGACAAUAUAAUUCCUAUUUACAUAUAAGUGGAAAAUAAUUCCUAUUCAAAAUUUUGUGAGAAAUAAUUCUUAUUCACUGUAAUUUAUAAUUAUUUACUGUAAUAAUUUUUUAGACAUGAAUCUACUUGUUAUUGAAAUCGCUGAUUACGAAUUUGAUGUCAGCUUUUAGAAUUUCGGAUCUAAUAUAUGGCUGGCAAAAAUUUUUGAAUGACAAAUUAUAAUGAUACAUGCACAGACGGUCAUAAUACGUUUAUUCUUGACUAAAAAAUACGUAAUCAGUAACCUCAAAAAAAAAUUUCAAAUAUAUUUGACGGAUUUAUAAAUAUUCUUUCGUCAUUAUGAAUUUUCGAAAACUAUAAUCAAAUUUGUAAAUAGUGUCCCCUCUAAUCAUGUUUAUCUAAUAUGUCCCGAAUUUGCUACAAAUUUUGAAAUCGCACUGUUACUCUUAAUUCAAUUUUCUGAGGACAGAUUUUCCUUCUUCUGUUAUGUCAUAACUGAAACCUUUCUAAAUAUCCCUACAGGCUUCACAGUGCCCCUAAAA